AUGGCCGACGGCGAGCCGGAGGCGCCGGCAGAGGAUAAACAUCCAUUCCCGGAGGCGUCGUCAGCCGAGAUGGAGAAGCACCCGCCGCCGGAAGCCCCCGAGGCGUCUCCGGCCGAGACGAAGCCAGAGAAGAAGGCGGUGACGGAGACGCAGGUGAAGGAGGUGAGCAAGUCGGGGCCGAAGGAGAUAGAGAAAGAGGUGAAGGUGAAAGUGGAGAAGGAGAACGAAAAUGUGGAGAUCGAGGCGACGCUGCGGCCGACCGGAGCUGGGACGGAGGCUCCCCCCAUCCUUGCGGUGCCGAUGUUGGCCGUGCCGUGCUUCAUAGCUCCUCCAGGGUUUGCGGGCCAGUUUGCAAUGAGCCAUCAAGCAGCUUUGGCAAGUGUUACAGCUCAGGCACAUAUACAAUUGCAAUCACCAGCCUCAUCUGCAUAUUCAGAAGGGCUGCCGAGUCCAUUUCCACAUCCUAUAACACCUAAAGCUAUUCGGCCACUGCAGCAAGCACCAUCAGUAACUCAAGGAAGUAUUGGAAGACCAAUUGCAGAGAGGCCAUCCUCAUCUGAGUCAAAAUUGCAACAUCAUGCAGCUGUAAAUAUUGUGGGUGAUGGCUUCAAUUGGAGGAAAUAUGGUCAGAAGCAAGUGAAAAGUAGUGAUAAUUCUAGGAGCUACUAUAGAUGCACAAAUUCAAGUUGUUUGGCCAAAAAGAAAGUUGAGCAUUGUCCUGAUGGCCGUGUUAUAGAAAUCAUAUAUAGAGGAGCACACAGUCAUGAACCACCACAGAAGACCAGAUUUGUAAAAGAGAGGUCGCUUCAUAUUUAUGUUCCCCCCAUACGUGAUGGAACUCUGCAACUUGUGAACACUGAAAUUGUGGAAUCCCGUACACCGACAUGUAAAUUAAACCAGAGUGCUGCCAUCGAAAAUUCUGAACAGCAGCUCUUUUGCUCAAGUGAUUGUGAAGGGGAUGUUGGUAACAAGUCAGAAGAUGAACAUCGUAGUGCAGAGUCGCAGCCAAAGCGAAGGAUAGUUGAAGCCACAACAUCUAACUUAACUCCAGUUCUCCGAACUGUCAGGGAGAGAAAGAUUAUCGUGCAGGCUGGGAAGAUGAGCGAUGGGUACAGAUGGCGUAAGUAUGGGCAGAAAAUUGUGAAGGGAAAUCCAAACCCCAGGAGCUAUUACCGCUGCACACAUGAUGGGUGCCCUGUCCGUAAGCAUGUCGAAAAAGCACCAGAUGACAUAAACAAUAUGGUAGUAACCUAUGAAGGUAAGCACAAUCAUGGUCAACCAUUUAGAAGCAGCAACGAAUCAAGGGAUGAAUCCGUCUCUGUGAUCACUCCAGCAAUGACAACCACUGAGCAACCCAGUACAGUGUCUUCAACAUCGGGUCAGAAGCUUCCAACCAGCACAGAGAAGGCCGCUGACAGUGAGUCCACCAUGGACACAACUUUAGAACUUGGAGGUAAGAAGCCACCAGAGAGCGCACAAACCCCGCGCAGCAUGAAAAUUAAUCCAGACGGCCUGAAGAAUCCCCUCCUGAAAGAUACUUCUGCAGCAGUUCCUGUCCAAAACAAUUAA